AUGAAGAAAACCUUUUGCCUUAGAGUGGCUGUUCUCUUCUUCAUCUUCCUCACUUUUUCCCCAAGUACGUCUGCAAUUCGAAAAGGAAAAGAUGAUCCAGAGCUGAAUCCAUUAGUUGCAGCUAUACCAGUGGAAGACGACUCGAUUAUUGAUAAAUUGAUGGGGAUGGAUUCUUGCGGAGAAGGAGAUGAAGAAUGCUUAAGGAGAAGAAUGAUGACAGAAGCUCACUUAGACUACAUUUACACACAGCACCAUAAGCAUUGA